AGAAAGUCCCCCUCCCUGGGCCUGUGGGCGGGGUUAGGAAACACUUUCAGUUUUGUUUUCUAGUCUGCUAAGAAGGAAACUCAUCCGGAAGCCUUCGGCGGUGGAACAUGGAGGGAGACUUCCAGGUGUGCGGGAACUGCCGAAGAAGUGUGCCCUCUGCCCACUUCACCAUCCACGAGGCCCACUGCCUGCGGUUCCUAGUCUUUUGCGCCAAGUGUAAGGAGCCUGUCCCGGUGGUGAAGAUGAGGGAGCACUGUGAGCAGAGGCACGCACAGACCAAGGAAUGCCAGGGGCACUCUGUCAAGUUCAAGUUCUGUGAUCUGACUGUGCACUUCAGCAAGCUAGAGACCCACGAGUCCCACUGUGACAGCCAGACCGAGCACUGCCCACACUGUGGCAAGCUUCUCUUGCUCUGGCAGCUGGCCCAGCACAAAGAUGUUUGUCAGCAUCAACCAGCUCUGCUCAGGGAAGGAAAAGGAUCUGAAAGGAAAAUCUACUGUAAUUACUGCAACAAAAUGAUUAUAGGAAGUAUGCGUAGCCAUUAUGUGGAUGACUGUUCCGCAGCCUCAGCCCCCCUGAAAAACCUGCUUAGAUCCUUUCCAAGUUGGGCUGGUAGAAAUCAAACUCCCACAGCAGAGACAGAUGUCCGUCCAAAGACAAAAAAUAUAAACAGCUAUCCUCUUCCUUCUGAACGUUCAACAAAACAAGCACCAAGAGAGAAAAGCAGAGCCACGGAUCUGCCUUCAAACUCUGAUCUCAAGUCAAGGACUGCCUCUCCUACAGAAAACGAGGAGGCAGCCUAUGACAUUCUGAGGAGGUGUUCACAGUGUGGUAUCCUGCUUCCCCUGCCCACCCUCAUGCAACACCAGGUAAAAUGCAAAUGGUUAGCUUCCUCAAAAGGAGAGCAAGUGAGAAAAGCCAGCUAGAUGUGGGAAGAAGAGGUACUGUGAAUUGGGAAGAUUUCCUGUUUGCAUCAGCUUCCCGGCUUUCUUUCCAUGGUGGUCUCUGCUUGGGAAAAGAGAUGGGUUUUAUUCCCAUCCCAUCCUUUCUAUUUAGAAGAAAAAGGUUGCACUUUGGCUGUGUUCCCUCUUUUGAAUAAAGACAUUGGUUUGUGCAAGGGCUCCAGGUAACCAGGAGAAAAAAAGAUUCUGGUUCUUCUGGCUGGGCAUUCUGAUUAAACUUCCAGGAUCAAUAGCUGGGGUGCCUAAGAGACCCCCAGCUUUGUUCCUGAAGAAUAAAAACACUUUC